GCGAGCGUGCAUCGAUAUCGCGAUGAAAUAUUAAACCUGAACAGUUCCCUGCGGUUACUCGAAUCAUUUUUAAUUGCUUGGGUGUAUAAUGAAAAAUAAACGUAUUUAAACGAAAAAGGACGGUGUCUUUUUGCAGAAGAUGAAUGCUAUCAUUGUCCUAGUCGUGGUUGUUGGAGUAUGCGCAGCUGCGCCUCAGUAUUACAUUCCCUCUGGUUCCGGGUACUACCCACAUCCUGCCAAUUUGCUCACUUCCGCGCUGGAGGACACUUUGCCCAACCACUUGAAGAACGACUUUUACAAAAAUCCCAGAAUCGCUGCCAGGCUCGCGCAGGAGUCGUGGUUCAUUAACAAAGAGAUGCAGGUAAUCGACCGCGAGACGGAUAAAAUUCCACGCGAAAAGAUAUACAAUGUUCUACACAACGCAGGAUUCGUGCAAAAAUAAAACUAGAGUAAUAAAUAAUUGAAUGGCGUUGAUCUUGCACAGCAACCUUUCCAUCGUUCCUUUACCUCCGUGUUACACGAACGAACGGAAAACACGUCCAGCAUGCUUUAUUUAAUUUAAUAUCUAUCUCGUGUUUAAU